AUGGCAGCUAGAAAUCGUAAAAGGAAUAACAAGAAGAAGACUCUUAUGGGAACGAGCGCUGCUCAAGAAAACAAUGCAACGUAUUUGCUCGUUGCAGAUGAACUGCACGAAAACACUACCAACCUAAACGUGGGUGCUGAAGCUCCUCCAGUGGAGCACAAUGAAAAUCUCAUGCCUACCAAAGAAUUCAAGCAUCUGCAGAGAUUAGAGCCGAUAAACGAGCAUGGAGAUAGCGAGGAUGAAAUAUCAAGGAAAAUUGAGUCUGUGACAAAUGGUACAGGGAUCAUAACUGAAGCAGACGUUCAAAAGCUACUAUUAAGCUAUGCCAUCACAAGUAGUUUGACACAGGAGAACAACAACGAAGAAGAGGAACGUCGUCAAACUACUAGAGCGCCGUUCCCAUUUUUUUUUUCUUUGCCUGGCUAUUUCCAGACCUUCUUCUUUAAAUGUAAGCAAGUUCUUUAUAACUUUGGCCUAAAACUAAUAGAAAAAUUGAAGGUUCUACAGAAUAACUUGUAUGAAGUGUUUUGGAUCGUCGUUAUCUACGUAAACUACUGGUUCCCCAAUGUGGGUGACUACGUGAGGUAUGUCAACUAUAAAUUCUCCCAACGAUGCAACUGUCAGUUUUACUAA